GAGGGAGAAAACAAAACAUAGAGCGAGAACUGCUCAUCUACCCCCAUGCUAUGGACUUGAGCUUGCCUCGGUUCUAGACACAUGGUCCAGCGUCAUGGAGCUCCCCCCAGAAGAUUUCACUUUCAACCACCCUUACUCGCCCUACGAAAUCCAGCUUCAGUUUAUGCGUGCUCUGUACGCCUCUCUUGAAGAGGGCAAGGUUGCGAUUUUUGAGUCGCCUACCGGUGAGGGAAAAUCUUUGAGUUUAAUAUGCGGAUCCUUAACCUGGCUACGCGAUCACAAGCGUAGGGCUUUUCAAGAAUUAGUGGAAAACACCACAUGCGAUGAGGAUGACCCGGAAUGGAUGAAGGAGUUCGCAAAGCGCGAAUCAAGCCGGGCCAUUGCCGAAAAAAAGAAAAGGCUUGAAGCGAGGCUGGCAGGCAUAAGGCAGGAAGAAGAGAAGCUCAGAAUGGCUCUCGAAAGCUCCGAAGGUCCCCGGAAACGACAAAAACCAAGCGCCCCUUCUACGGGUCUAGAUGUACAGAAUGAAGAUUCUUUCGCAUUGGAUGACUACGAAAGUGGCGACGAGGAGCAAACAACCCAGCGAAUGCGAUCAGAUCAACCCAGCGGCCUGUCUGCCAGCACUCUAGAUCUAUUGGAGCAGUUCAAAGGGAAAUACUCAACGAAACCUACCGAGGAAGAUGACGGCGAGGGUUUGGCCAGGAUUUUCUAUUGCUCUAGAACUCAUUCUCAAUUGACUCAAUUUGCAAGCGAGCUACGGCGCGUUGCCAUCCCGUCGAGCGUACCAAAGGAUCUCAGUCCUGAUAUUGCAGGCGAAGAAGAACUCGAGGAGCGGAUUAAGCAUCUAUCGCUUGGAUCCCGCCGGAAUCUGUGCAUCAACCCUAAAGUCGCUGCUUUGGAAAACCCAACCGCAAUCAACGAACGAUGCCUUGAGUUACAACAGCCGGGCGUUGCAGCUCAGCAUAGAUGCCCCUUCCUACCGUCCAAAAACGACGAAGCGCCACUACUGAAGUUCCGUGAUCACGCGCUGGCGACAGUCAAAGACAUCGAAGAUUUGGGAAAUAUUGGCAGGAAGACCGGGACCUGUCCCUAUUACGCAUCCCGAUCAGUCAUCAAGCAUACCGAGAUCGUGACGCUUCCAUACCCCCUUCUCCUCCAGCGAUCAGCAAGAGAGGCUCUAGAAAUUUCCGUCAAGGAUCAUGUCGUCAUUAUUGACGAGGCGCACAACCUGAUGGAUGCCAUAUCCAACAUCCACUCAGUCACAAUCACGCUUUCACAGCUACAAACUUCGAUCGUGCAGUUAACAACUUACGCGCGGAAGUUCAAGACGCGCUUGAAAGGGAAGAACCGAAGUUAUAUCGCACAGGUUAUCAGGCUUGUCAAUUCGAUUGCGGAUCAUCUUCGGUCUCUUGAAAAAGCUUCUGUUCCGGAGGGCUGUGUGCAAUCCUCGGAUCUUAUGGCUGGAAGAGGUGUUGACCAAAUCAACCCAUACAAGUUGUGCCGGUACUUACAGGAGAGCAAGCUGGCUAGAAAGGUUGAUGGCUACGUCGAGUUUUCCACGGAAAAAGCAGAUCACCAAUCUUCCUCGAAACCGUCAACACCCGUUCUUUUUCACAUACAAAGUUUUCUCCUGCCGUUGAUGAAUCUCUCAGCCGAAGGACGACUAUUCUAUGCGAAGACAUCGGACGACAUUCAGCUGAAAUACAUGCUUCUCGACCCAACGAACCAUUUCCGAGAGAUCGUGGAAGACGCAAGGGCCGUCAUCUUGGCAGGUGGAACGAUGUCUCCAAUGGCGGACUAUUCACAUCAUUUAUUCUCGUACGUCUCGCCCAGUCGGCUGGAUACCUUUAGCUAUGGUCAUGUCAUUCCGUCAGAAAACCUGGUUGCACAUACUCUCGGCAAGGGGAUCCUCGGGUCUGAUUUCGAUUUCACGUACGACAACCGAAAUUCCGAGAAGACCAUUGCCGAUCUAGGGCGGACCAUCGCAGCAUUCUGCCAGGUGAUCCCGGACGGUGUGGUUGCCUUUUUCCCAAGUUUUGAUUAUCUACACCAGGUCAUAGGGACAUGGAAAACCCCCAUAGAUGGCGACAAGAGCAAUACCAUCUACAAUCUUAUCGAGCGGAAGAAACCCAUUGUGUACGAGGCCCGCGAGAUGACAGUCACAACUGAGGAGCUCCUUCAAGAGUAUGCCCGCACCGUGCAAUCGGGCCGGGGGGCUCUGCUUUUAUCGGUAGUGGGGGGCAAAUUGUCCGAAGGCAUUAACUUUUCGGACAAGCUCGGGCGAGGGGUUUUGAUUGUCGGGCUGCCUUUCCCGAAUAUACGCAGUGCGGUGUGGCAGGCCAAGAUACAGUACGUCGAGCAGAAGGCCUUCGCGCAAAGCUCGAGCAGCAACCGGCAGGCAGCCGCCAAAGCCGCGGGCCGGGAGUUUUAUGAGAACGCCUGCAUGCGGGCUGUGAACCAGAGUAUUGGACGGGCCAUCAGGCAUCAGAAGGAUUACGCCGCCAUUGUCCUGAUUGACAAACGGUAUCAGAAUGCUAGUGUACAAGGGAAACUGCCGACGUGGAUUAAGCAGAGUAUGGCGAGUACUCCUGCGCAGCGGCCGGCAGGGGCGGCAAUAGGCAGCCUUUCGAAAUUCUUCACUGAGCGCCGAGAAAAGCAAGAAUCAUGAUCGACAGGCUGCGAGUGAUGAAGGGAAUGGAAUAGAA